AUGGAAGCCUUUGCUGUCCGUUUGGAGCCCCAAAUUCUGUUUGCUGAUGUAGAAAAGAAGCUUAGGCCAACAAUCAAACUUUUUCAAGAUCUGGGUCUUGUGGAACCCCAUCUGGGGAAUAAUAAUGAAGACUUGUUUAAGGUCUUCAGUAGAUGCAAUGGUUUUAUUGCUAGAGAUGGCAUAUCAAAGUUGUCGAGAAACAUUGAGUAUUUGGAAAGCUGUGGGAUUGUUGGGUCUCAGCUCUCAAAGUUGUUAACGAGACAACCUAGGAUUUUUAGGAUGCGAGAAUCGGCAUUAAGGGAUCUCGUUACGAGGGUUGUAGAUAUGGGGAUUUCGACUGAUUCGAGGAUGUUAGUGCAUGCUAUUCAUACCUUGAGUUGCUUGAGUGAACAAACAUUUAAGAAGAAAUGUGAAUUACUUAAGACUUUUGGUUUUUCAGACAGUCAUUGCCUGGUUAUGUUUAGGAAGAACCCAGGUGUUUUUAGGGUCUCUGAGAAGAAAAUGAAGUUAGGAAUUGAGUUCUUUCUUAAUGUGGCAAAGUUUGAUAAGAAUGUUUUGGCUUCUAGGCCAAUUCUUUUGAUGAGUAGUUUGAAAGAUCGUGUGAUUCCUAGAUACCGAGUUUUGCAGAUUGUUAAGUCCAAGAAGUUGUUGAAAACGGAUCGGAGUUUUCUUUACAUCUUGGAAUAUACAGAGAAUGAAUUCUUGGAGUUCAUAUCAAGGUUUCCAGAUGAUGUGGAAGAACUGUUGAUGGCUUACAAAGCUCAUCUUUUGCACACUUCUUCUUCUUCAGAAGAAGAAAACACAUGA